AUGCUACUGUCGCCGGGAAUGACAAUAUUUCAGAUAGAGUUAAGGGCUCUCGAUAUUCCACGAAUAGUGUUAUUAACAAAGAUCGAUGUAAUCUGUGAAUUUGUUGAUGAAGAUAUAGAGAAUACGUACAAAAGUGAAAAGGUUAAAGAGGCUGUACGUGUGGCGAAGGAGCUAUAUAAUGUUCCGGAGCUAAAUAUCUUUCCUGUUCAAAACUAUGAAGAUGAAACGGAGUCGGACUGUAGGAAAGAAAUCUUACCACUUCUAGCUCUCAGGCAAAUGAUUUACUUUGGAACAGAUUUUCUGAACCACAAGUGAUGAUGAACAGCCAAAAAAAAAAAUGGAAAAUGAUAAAAGAAGACUUGCCUCGAUAAAAAGUUUUUAUAUCUCGUUAUUUAAAGAAAUGUGUCUUUGAAAUAUUUAUCUUUUAAAACAUGAGUGUAUGACUGAACUGUGUUUUACGACUUUAACAAUCUAAUUUGACUGAAGCACGCCAGGGUUGAUAUCAAAUUAAAACAUCACAUAAAAUAUAAACAAUAAUGUACAGUCACUUCAGUUAUGGACAUUGCGAGUUGCGUGUAAAUACAAAAAAUAAAAUAAUUAUAGAAAAUUAAAGAAGAUUGCUGUUGUGAUAGUUAAUAAAAUCUGUCAGAAAAUCCUUUGGAAGCACAAAAUGCAACCAAGCAAAAUAAUAGUAGACUCGGUUUGAUUGACUCUGUUCUCGGUUUGAUUGACUCUGUUCUCGGUUUGACUGAGUCUGUUCGCGAGAGGUAAUGGAAAAUGCAACAAAACAAGCAAAGUGGUUUGGGAUGAAAUACAGCCGAAAACCACGGUUGAGAUAAAUUCAAAAACUAAUAAUCAUAAUCUUGGCCUUGAAUAUACUCCAUGUCAUGCCGGACAAUGUGAAUUCAAUGAAAUUCAUCCUCUCCUCCCUUGAAUGGUUUAGGCCGAACUCCUCUACACUGAAUACAUUAGUACUUGAAAAAUAUUCCGUAAUUUGUAAUGACUGGAUAAUCCUCUAGCCAGGGUGUAAACAUAAAAUUUAUAAAGCAAGCACAUAUCGGCCUGAUAAAUGCAUAGUGUUAAGAUUAAAAGAAAAAUAUAUUUGAGGCAAAACUUAAUAGACAAAUAGUUACUUUUAAAUUUAUUUAUAUAUUGAUUAAUUCUAACACGACCAGAAAAUAACUUACAUACAUGUAGAGCAAAAUCUAUCUCGGGUUAUUCUGCAAUAAACCACUCGCGUGCAAUGACGUCAUCCGAUCCAGGUGCGUAUCACGGUCGUAAAAAGUAGUAACCAUGUUUCUUACACUGU